GGCGGAUCUCCGAUAAGCAUUCCCGCCCUGGCGGACCCUCCAACCCUCCAACCCUCCCGAUUUUGGCUGUGACUUUCUCCCUUUAACAUCCAAAUGCGGUAAGCGGAUUUCUGCAGGCGCAGCGGUCAUGACAGACAGUACCCAGGUAGUGAAAGCUACAUGUUUCGCAUCUCCCAACUAUAUCUUGCCGGCCCGUCACCACAUUAUCUUCAGGCCUCGAACUCUUAAUUAGCCAUUUGCCGUCCUCUCUCGCAUGGGAUUUUGUUGUCCCUUGGGUCGACCCGGAAGAGACGAAUAUAAUAAACGCACUUCAAGCCAUCAUCUCACACUGCCACAGCCACUGACUAACUCACCCACUGCCUUCUUGCUCCUCCCGUUUAGCCUGAUACCUGGGUACCCAGGUAGACACCCUUUACCCUUGAAUCCUGCCACAUCACCUCACCUCACCUCACCUCCCCUCUCCUGUCCUACUGUCAACAUGACGGCCAACGACACCACCACUGCCACGGCGUCGGAGCCGGCAACCCUCAACCAGACAAAGACUGCCACCACUUCCAACGGCACCUCCCGCAAGUCAGCACCCUCGCACCCUCUUGGCCCCCUGACCGCAAGUGAGAUAUCCAAGUCGUCAGACCUGAUCAGGGCACAAUGGCCCGAGGGCACAAGGUUCCAAUUCAAGGUCGUCACCCUCCUGGAGCCACCAAAGGCCGACCUCGCUCCAUACCUGCAGGCCGAGAGGGCUGGCCGGCCAGUCAAGCCCAUUGACAGGAAGAGCCAGGUCGUGUACUACCUGAGGAACACCGACAAACUCCACGAGGCUGUUGUCAACCUCAGCACAUCCAAGGUGGAGAGCAACGUCCGGCUCGGCCCCUUCAUCCAUGCUCCCGGCGAUGGAGAAGAGCUCAUCGAGAUCGAGAAGGCGAUGCUGGCAGACCCCGGCGUCCAGGCCGAGAUCGAGAAGCUGAAGCUCCCCGAGGGCAGCGUGGUCGUGUCUGACCCCUGGAUCUACGGCUCUGAUGGCGUCCACGACGGCCUCUUCUCCGACCACAAGCGGGUCAAGCAGUGCUUCCUGUACAUGCGCGACCCACAAAACUCACAGGAAGAGGAUGGAUGUCACUACGCAUUCCCGCUCCCCAUCUCGCCAGUCGUGGACACGGUCGAUUACAAGGUCAUCCGGAUUGAUAUCAUGCCUACGGGCAAGGACUCAACCGUGAAGCCGCUCGAGGCAUGGAAGGGCCCCGUGCCACCCAACGAGUACAUCCCCGAGGCACAGCCCAACGGGCUUCGAAAGGACCUCAAGCCGCUGCGGGUAGUCCAGCCCGAGGGGGCAAGUUUCACAGUCGAGGAGUACAGCGAGGACGGCCUGGGCAAGGUGCUCAAGUGGCAGAAGUGGGAGUUCAAGGUCGGCUUCAACCAGCGCGAGGGAAUGGUCCUGUACGACGUCCACUACGACGGGAAACCCCUGUUCUACCGACUCUCCCUCUCAGACAUGGCCAUCCCCUACGCAGACCCCCGCCACCCCUUCCACAAGAAGCAGGCCUUCGACCUAGGCGACGUCGGCGCCGGCAUCAUGGCCAACAACCUCAGCCUGGGGUGCGACUGCCUGGGCUCCAUCUACUACAUCUCGGGCGUGCUGGCCGACACCGAGGGCAGGCCCCAGGACUACCCCAACGUGGUCUGCAUCCACGAGCAGGACGCGGGCCUCCUGUGGAAGCACACCAACUACCGCACCGGCCGCGCCGUCGCCGUGCGCAACCGCGAGCUGGUCCUGCAGUCCAUCCUGACCGUCAGCAACUACGAGUACAUCCUCGCCUGGAACUUCAGCCUCGCCGGCGACAUCACCUACGAGGUGCGCGCGACGGGCAUCCUCUCCACACAGCCCCUCGACCUCGGCCUGACCAGGGAGCCGCACCCCUACGGCACGGUCGUGCACCCGGGCGUCCUGGCCGCCUACCACCAGCACUUCUUCUCCCUGCGCGUGGACCCCAUGAUCGCGGGGCCCGACAACCAGCAGGUCGUCUACGAGGAGGCGCACGCGAUCCCGCGCGACCCCAGGGAGAACCCGCACGGCGUCGGCUACACGGUGACGCGCACGCCCGUCACGGCCUCGGGCGGCUACGACCUCGACACGGCGCGCAACCGCACCUUCAAGCUCGUCAACACGGGCGUGAGCAACGCCGUCAACGGCGCCAGCGUCGCCUACAAGAUCCACGUCCCGCCCAUGCAGCCCAUCCUCGCCGACGCCGAGAGCUACCACAGCCGCCGCGCCGAGUUCGCCGACCACAGCAUCUACGUCACGCGCUACGCCGAGGGCGAGCUCUUCGCCGGCGGGUACUACACGAACCAGUCGCGCGGCGGCGCCGGCGUGCGCGCCUGGGCCGGGCGGCGCGAUGACCUCACCCCGAGCUCCGGCGCCAGCCCCGUCGUCUGGGUCCAGUUCGGCAUCAACCACAUCCCCCGCGUCGAGGACUUCCCCGUCAUGCCGAUGGAGAUGAUCAAGGUCACCAUGCGGCCCGUCAAUUUCUUCGACCGCAACCCGGCGCUGGACGUGCCCCCUAGCCGGCAGGAGGUCAACUGCAGCGUGGGCCUGAACGGGGUCGUCGAUGGGGUUGCUGAGCUGAAGGUCGGCGAGGAGGGGAAGCCUUGCUGCUCAUAGGAUUGUCACGGUUGAGGAAGGUGUGGCUUCACCGCCAUUGUUAUUUGCUUGGGAUUGUGUGUGUCGGGGCUGCUUUGGCCUGUCCCUGUUGGAGUCUAAGGUGUUGUUCACUGGCAGUGGCUAUGAUAUAAAUCUGGUAAUGUCCACGGAUGCCAUGAAAUGUUGCAUGAAUAUAUCAUAUUUGUAAUGUC